AUAAACAAUGGUUUCUCCUCUUUCGUAUCUCAACCAUUGGAACCAAAAGUUGUCAAUCAAGAAAUUUUGUUAAAUAAGUCGUAACAACUCGUUGAUGACAGAAAGAAACAAAAACUGGUCUUUGUUUUUUUUUUGUAAUUCUCGUCCUCGUUGGAAUAAGAAAAGAUAUAUAAAAUGGCGGCGUUUACAGGAACGUUGGAUAAAUGCAAGGCAUGUGACAAAACCGUUUACGUGAUGGAUUUGUUGACGUUAGAGGGAAACACUUAUCACAAAUCAUGCUUCAGAUGCAGCCAUUGCAAUGGCACUCUCCAGAUGAGUACUUACUCGUCCAUGGAUGGAGUUCUCUACUGCAAGACUCACUUCGAGCAGCUUUUCAAAGAAUCUGGCAAUUUCAGCAAGAAUUUUCAGACAGGGAAGACAGAGAAGCCGAAUGAUCAUAUGACUCGAGCUCCGAGCAAGUUAUCUUCAUUCUUCAGUGGAACGCAAGACAAAUGUGCGACUUGUCACAAAACUGUUUAUCCACUUGAGAAAGUAAACAUGGAAGGAGAAUGUUACCACAAGACUUGCUUCAAGUGCGCACACAGUGGUUGUCCUUUGACUCACUCUUCCUACGCUUCUCUUAACGGGGUCCUCUACUGUAAAGUCCAUUUCAACCAGCUCUUUCUCGAGAAAGGAAGUUACAAUAACGUUCAUGAAGCUGCAGCUAAGCACCGUCGAUCCGCCUCUUCUGGUGCCCCUUCUCCGCCUUCUGAAGAUCAUAAACCUGAAGAUAACGCCUCGAUUCCAGAGGGAGAAGGAGGGGGAGGAGGAGGAGAGGAAGCAGCCCCUGAAGCUGCUGCAGGAGAAGAGCCUGAGCCUGUGGUUGAGUCUUAACUUAUCUUAUCACUUUCAAGUUUGAAGUUUAAUAUGCUUUUCUAAUUAAAUAUAUAUGUAUUUCUAUUUUUUUUGUAAAUUCUUGUAAAGCAAACCCUUAACAUCCUUUGAUCUUUAGCUAUGAGAACCAGUUCUUUUAUGAAACAAAAGAUUAUAAAAAAACAUUUAUUUUUUAUGAAAUCAAAAUUCAAAACA